GCAUUCCCGCCCCGUCGUGCAGGUUUCGAUGGUGCAAAAGACGUUUUUAUCCUCUGAUUGUUGACUGAGCGUCAAAGCACAAAAACAGUCAAACUCGACCACAGGCUUCCGAAACCGGAAAAAAGGAGCAAAUAAGGAAGAGAUCGGUGAUUCCAUCAAAGGAAAAAGAAGAUGAAAGGGAAAAUCGGAAAAGGUAAUUGCAGCUUCAAAUCGAAGCUAGGUUUGCCGGCGCUCCUCUUCGUUGUAUGCCUAUUUUGUUUCCUCGUUGGAUUCUUCGGUUCUUCUCUCUUCUCUCAGGAUGUAAAUGGCGAUAGGCCGAGGCCGAGGAUGCUUCAUUCGGUCAGCGAUGGUAGCGAUUACGAUCCGAUGCCAUAUGGAGAAGGCGGCGACGAUUCCAUUUCUUCGAUUCCAUUUCAGGUUUUGAGUUGGCAACCACGCGCAGUUUACUUUCCUAAGUUCGCAACUGCUGAGCAAUGCCAAAACAUAGUUAAUACGGCGAAACCGAACCUUAAACCGUCUACCUUGGCUCUCCGUAAGGGAGAAACUGAAGAGAACACGAAGGGGAUCCGGACAAGUUCUGGAGUUUUCUUGAGUGCUUCAGAAGAUAAAAGUGGGACUCUGGAUGACAUCGAGAAAAAAAUUGCAAGGGCAACUAUGCUUCCAAGGACGCAUGGAGAGGCAUUUAAUAUCUUGCGUUAUGAGAUUGGGCAGAGGUAUAAUUCUCAUUAUGAUGCGUUUAAUCCUUCUGAAUAUGGACCACAGAAGAGCCAAAGGGUGGCUUCCUUCUUGUUAUACCUAACUGAUGUUCAAGAAGGUGGAGAAACCAUGUUUCCAUUUGAGAAUGGCUCGAAUAUGGAUGGAAGCUAUGAUUACCAAAGAUGUAUUGGUUUGAAAGUGAAGCCACGCCAAGGUGAUGGGCUUUUAUUUUAUUCUGUUUUCCCAAAUGGUACAAUCGAUCUGACAUCACUUCAUGGAAGCUGUCCUGUGAUUGAAGGGCAGAAAUGGGUCGCCACGAAGUGGAUCAGAGAUCAAAUACAACAGGACGAUUAAGCGUAAUUUAUUACCCGGAAAAGAAUGCAUAAUUCGGAAAUCUCGAUCUCAUCAUAUUCCUGUAUAAUGACACGUGUUUUGACAUUAUAAAGCGUCUGAUUCCCUUCCUCUACCACGCCCAUGGUCCAAAUUAAUAAUAAAAAUAAUAAAGAAAUGCUCAAA